AUGCCCUACUAUGCCAUGCCGUACCAUGGCACACUGCGCCGUGCCACACCGCACUGUACUUUGCCACGCCACCACACCCAGUGCCGUGCCGUGCCGUGCCGAGCCCCGCAGGAGCUGACGGGGACGCUGCCCCGCGAGUACCCCCUGAAAGCCGGCGAGAAGCCCCCCAAGGUCCGGCGCAGGAUCGGUGCUGCCUUCAAGCUGGAUGAGACCCUCGUCCUGCGCGGGGACCCGCUGAGCGCCCUGGAGCGGGACCUGGCGCUGCAGCUGCAGAUUGCCAAGGCCGCCCGGCGUCUCUGCCGGGAGGAGAACAUCAGCAAGCGGCUCCGCAAGCGCCGGCAGACGGCGGCACUGCUGGAGGAGCAGAAGCUGAAGGACCUGGAGAACAUCCUCAACCAACGACGGCUCCUGGCCGCACCGGCACCGUUCUCACCCGUCCCCUGCCCCGCAGAGCUCAGCGCCUCUGACGAGAGCUCCCUGUCGGACGCCGUCCUGCUGGAAGAGGAGGAGACGCGGCCGCUGGGACCCACCACCCCGCGGGGGUCCCCGUCCCCGGAGGAGCCCGCCGAGGAGGAGGCGUCGGGGCCCCUGCCGGCCCCCCCAAGUCCCUGGCGGGAGACCAGCCUCGACAGACCCUACGAGAAGGCCAAAAAACCCGGCAUCGACCCCAGGGAUGAGGAAACCCAGGGCUCCCGGUGCUACCCCGGGUCCCCGCCGGCCACCUCCGCCGCUCCCUCAGCCCCCGGCAGCCCCGACCCCGCAGCCUCGCCGGCGCCCAGGACGGGGGACGUCCCUCCCUACCGCUUCGUCCCCAUCAGGACCCUGGUGCUGUGCCGGCAGGCGGGCUCCAGCGCUCCCAGCACCCCGGAGCCAUCGGGCCGGCGGGGACAGUCCCAGUCCCUGAGGGUGGAGGCGUGCUGGCAGCCCGGCGAGCGGCGGGGCCGCAGUGCCGUACCCCGCCGGCGUCCUACCUACUACACGGUGACGGUGCCCACCUCCUGCAUCCCGACCCCCGUCCCCGUGCGCCGCUCCGGCUCCGACGACAGCAUCUCCGACCUCUCCAGCAUCUCCCACGCCACCUCCCCGGGCAGCAGCAGCCCCGAUGUCUCCUUCCCGCGCCCCCCAGUCCCACCGCCCCUCGCUGAACCCGGUUAUUACCCUCGGGGUGCCCACCAGUUCCUGCCACCCGCCGGCCCCCCGGCUUUCCUCUACGAGCAGGAUCUGGCCCCGUUACGCUACCAACGCCUGGUGCCCUCGCACAGCCGCAUCGUGCGCACCCCCUCGCUCAAGGACUACGCGCCGGCAGGGGGCCGGGGGUUCUCCAAGGCGGCCGUGACCGAGGAGCUCAAGUCAUGGCACCAGCGCGCCCGGCUGCGGGGUGCUCGUCCCCACUCCCUUGACCGGCAAGGGGCCUUUCGGGGACCCCGUGGUGGCACCACCAGGGAUGUGCCCAUCACCCGUGGACUCCUGCCACGGGCUCAGGCGCCCCCGAUCCGCGUCCUGCGGCGCUCCCCGGACGGCGUGCCCGUGCAGGUCUACGUGCCUGAGAACGGCGAGAUCGUCACACAAGUGUAA